GCCAAAUUGCAUGUAAAAACAAUAUUUAUAAACAAUUAAUAAUAUAUCAAUAGAAAAUAAUUGUUUAAUAAUGCUGAACAUGUAAUAUAUUAUAUAACAAUAGACUUUUAUUCACUACGCCAUUUAUAUCCGAUCAUUCACCCCAUUGCUAACGACGCCAACUUGUCGAUUAGCUGAGCGUUUUAAUUUCGAGAAAACCUCUUGAUUUAUAAAAAUGUCGAUGCCACACAGUAGUUCGAGCACAACCAGCUCAAGUACUAAAAGGAAAGAAAUAUACAAGUACCAAGCACCAUGGCCAUUAUAUUCCAUGAACUGGUCUGUCCGUCCGGACAAAAGAUUUAGGCUUGCCUUGGGAAGUUUCGUUGAAGAGUACAAUAACAAAGUACAAAUUAUAUCACUUGAUGAAGAAACAAGUGAGUUUAGUGCAAAAAGCACAUUUGACCAUCCUUACCCUACUACUAAGAUUAUGUGGAUACCUGACAGCAAGGGUGUGUACCCUGACCUUCUUGCCACAAGUGGUGACUAUUUACGUAUCUGGCGCGCCGGAGAGCCAUACACUCUGUUUGAGUGUGUUCUGAACAACAACAAGAACUCUGACUUCUGUGCACCGCUAACAUCGUUUGACUGGAAUGAAGUUGACCCCAACCUAAUUGGAACAAGCAGCAUUGAUACCACCUGCACAAUUUGGGGACUUGAGACUGGCCAGGUUUUGGGCAGAGUUAAUGAAGUCUCCGGACAUGUAAAAACACAACUUAUUGCUCAUGACAAGGAAGUAUACGACAUCGCGUUCAGUCGCGCGGGCGGCGGGCGCGACAUGUUCGCGUCGGUGGGGGCAGACGGGUCUGUGCGUAUGUUCGACCUGCGGCAUCUCGAACAUUCCACUAUAAUUUAUGAGGACCCGCAGCACACGCCGCUGCUCCGGCUGGCGUGGAACAAGCAGGACCCCAACUACCUGGCGACGAUCGCGAUGGACGCGUGCGAGGUGAUCAUACUCGACGUGCGCGUCCCCUGCACUCCCGUCGCGCGCCUCAACAACCACCGCGCCUGCGUCAACGGCAUCGCUUGGGCGCCGCACAGCUCCUGCCACAUCUGCACCGCGGGCGACGACCACCAGGCGCUGAUAUGGGACAUCCAGCAAAUGCCCCGCGCCAUAGAGGACCCGAUCCUAGCGUACACGGCCGCAGAGGGCGAGGUCAACCAGAUACAGUGGGGCGCGACGCAGCCCGACUGGAUCGCUAUAUGUUACAACAGACACACGGAAAUAUUGCGCGUGUAAAACGUAGGAACGAGGAGAGGACAACAUAGGCUUACGAAACAGAUCGCUCGAUGGAAGGAGCGGACAAUCUGCGCAUGUGCAUUCUUCGGCCCUCGCUCCAUCCAAGGAACCGAAAUUCCGCUAUUGCCCAGCGAUCUUAAAAUUUUGUUCAGCCUUUACUAUUGUAUUUACAUCCCGACGAGAUAUAAUUGAAGAUGAAAAGUGUUUACCUGUAAACGUUAACAUUUGUUAAAAGUUCCCUUCAAAUAAAAAAGUGAUUAUGUAUUCCAUUGUAGGUACUCUUAUAUUUUGUAAGUAAAUAAGUAAGAGAGUUAGCGAAGUUAUUUUUAAGACCAUAAUUUUCUCCUAACUUCUACAACUUAAUUUUUUACGGAAUGAAUGAUUUGUAUAAUAACACUCUUAUAACUUAUUUACUUAAAUGUUAAAAUGUGUAGUUUAAAAACAUAGUGCUAUACACUUAUAUUAUUUAUUAUGGUAGAUGGUAA